UGUGGGGGGUUCAACAGUGGGCGGCGGGGGCUGCGGGGGCCCCACGCCUAACAGCGACAGGCGUGAGUUCAGGGAGGUGUUCCCUUUAAUUCGUUUUAUGCACUCCCUUCAAUGAAUAUAGGUGAGGAGGUCUCGGAUGCGUGAUGGCCGUCACUAAAGAGUCGUUAUGAUCGACAGUUAACAAGACAGGAAGAUAGAUUGGUUCGAGAUGGAUAGCGGCUCGGGGGUGGGCAGCGUAGCGUCUCUGAGCAUGGACUGCGAAGACAUGUUUAAGGAGAUCACCAAGAAACUGUACGGCGAGGAGGCAACAGUGGGCGUGGUGGGCGUGGAGUUUCCAGCAGCCGAGCGCGACCUAGACGACGACCUGCGGCCUGAAGAGCACAUCACCGCCUGGGGCCUUGCCGCCCUCAUGCAGAACGGCUUCCCGCCCCCGGGGAUCUUGCAGGCGAACUUCAGUCCGCGCAUCGACCCUACAGCCGAGGACCGGUGGACGGCCGCGGAGGAGCCGCUGGCGUGGGCGCACUCCCGCAUCGCCGCGUACAACCCCGCGCAGAGACUGUUCAAGUGCGCGCACUGCGACUGUGUCGGCUUCCUCGCCAGGGUCGCGGAGCACUGGCUCGGCACACACUCGCAGUGUCCGGUCUCCGGAUGUGGGUUCGCGUCUAGCUGGGCGCGCAGUGUCCGCCAGCACCUCGCGCGGGACCACCACUCCGACCCCGCCGCCGCCGACCAGCUGCUGCGGGACAACCCCGCCCUCGACGACCUCACGCGGUACUUGCAGAGACUGAAGAAUAAGGUCGAAUCUAUGCGUAACGACCGGCGCUCCAACCCCGGAGGGAGCGUGGACAGUCCGCAGAGCGACGCGGGCGCGGGGUCCGGCGGCGGCGCGGCGCCCGGCGCGGUGCCGGACGGCGGCAAGCGGUACGUGUGCGGCGUCUGUCCCUACGCUACCGACCGCCGCGACCUCUUCACCAGACACGAGAAUAUACACAGAGAUGAAAAGCCCUUCCACUGCUACCUCUGUCAGAAGCAGUUUAAUCGCGCCGAUCACGUCAAGAAACAUUUUCUGCGCAUGCAUCGGGAUCAACCCUACGACCUGAACCGCAUUCGGCGCGCGACCAACAAGCCGCAACCACAACCGCAACCCGCACAGCAGCACCAGCAGCAGCAGCAGCAGCAGCAGCAGCAACAACAGACCCCAAGUCAGGCCCAGCAGCAGCCGACGCUGCACUACUACGGCAAGCCGCCCGCCGAACCUCCGCCCGCCCCCGUCGCCGCCACCGUGGUCACGGAGUACCGCACCGUGGUGCCGUCGGUGGUCAAGAUAGAGCGAGCUCCUCUAACGAAAGCGGAGCCGGCGGCCGCCGCCAGCCUGCACAAGCCGGCCGCCGCCGCCGCCGCCGGGCCCGCCGCGCCCGCCGUCGCCAUCCCGCCCGCUCGACGGAAGGGGGAGCGUAGAUACGCGUGCUGCUACUGCGCUUGGUCCGGCGUGGACAACUGGUGCCUGAAGCGGCACCUCAACACCCACCUCAAGCCGUUCGCGUGCGCGCUCUGCGAGUACAAGGCGGCGCGCUCGGAGCGGCUGGCCACGCACGUGCAGAAGGUGCACAACAAGAAAUCCUGCGGGAAGUGCCCGUUCCUCGCGGACGACCAGCACCAGCUCGCAGCUCACCUUCGCGACUCGCACCACGUCGAGAGCCGCAACCUGAAGGUGCCCAUCAACGUGGGCCGGGCGCCGGGCGGCGCGGCGGGCGGCGUGUUCCCGGCGGGCGGCGUGCAGCUGUCGGCNCGCGGCGGGGGCGGGCGGCGGGGGCGGCGCGGGGGGGCGGCGGCGCGCGGCGGGGGCGGCGCGGCUGUUCGGGUACCUGGAGGCGUCGGACGGGUCGGGAGACGAGUACGAGGCGGCGCCGCUGGAGUACGGCGCGGGGUACGCCCGGGACAAGGAGAACGCGGCCCCGCUGCACCACGACCACUGCCUGCGCUACUAGCGCCCCCGGACCCCGGGGCGGACUUGCAUCAGUCGCAUUUAUUCUUCAAGUUUCCAUAAAGUCGGUCGCAAUGAAUGAGCGACGCGCGGGUCACAAGUACUGACGUACAGUUCCCGCGCCGGUGUACUUAGUUAAUCUCCCAGGACGACGCCGUUAAUUCUAAGUGUUAAGUAAAUUCGUUAAAUAUAAUAUGUUAGAUUAAUGUUUCACCAAAGAAUUAUGUGCAGAACAUUGAUUAUAAAGUUUAUUGAUC